AUGGACGCCCUCGGUGUCUAUGUGCUGACAUUUAACUGUGCACGAAACUUUGUCGAUGUCGACGUGUUCGCGGAACACUUCUUCGACGCACUCCCCGCGUCUGGUGCGGGGAGCUCCGCACCCGACCUGAUUUUCCUCUCGCUACAAGAGAUCGCACCUAUUGCCUACUCGUUCCUCGGAGGAUCCUAUCUUUUACCCUACUUCGAUGCCUUCCGCCGUGCUGUCCAGAAAGCCUCGGCACAAAAAUGGGACCAGCACUAUGUGAACUUCCUCACCGACAAUACGGGAAUGACAGGCCUGAUGCUCUUCGCGCGCGAUGACACUCUGGGCAAAAUCGCCUGGAAGGACACAGCCCACGUCGGCCUCGGAGUUCAGGAAAUGGGAAACAAAGGCGCUGUCGGGGCACGCCUGGGGUAUGUGGUUGAAGGAUACCCAUCCAAGACCGUGGACCUCACUUUCGUCGCGGCCCAUCUCGCUCCCAUGGAGGAUUCUUAUGAGCAAAGGAACAUGGACUGGAAGAGCAUUGUCGAGCGCCUUGUAUUCACACACGACAGCAAGAGACCAGCAGAGAGGUCAAGCGUGGACGAAAGCACCAGCCUUCUCGACGACGCUGCGUCGGCGCACGCGAAGGGCAGUCGCAGAGAUCUCUUCGCGCCAAACGCCUACCUAUUCCUUGCCGGAGACCUGAACUACCGCACGUCGAAUAUCGGACCCUCGACUCGGGAGAUUGAACAAUUCCCUCGCCGCAAUGUCGACCUCGAUAACCCCUCGCACUAUUCCCACCUUCUGAAGAACGACCAGCUAGUGCGCGAGAUGAGCUAUGGCAGGACCUUCCACAGUCUGUCUGAGGCGCCGAUAGAUUUCCCUCCCACGUACAAAUACUCGGACGCCGCGCGCGAAGCUGUCCGCCGGGGCUUGGACACUGGUGAUCAUGAAUGGAAAUGGUCGAAUCACCGUUGGCCCAGCUGGUGCGAUCGAGUCCUCUACCUCGAUAAGCCCUGGGUUGGUGAAGCUGGAAAGGUCAAGCCGCUCGCUUACAAUGCACUGCCUCUUUUCGCACAGUCAGAUCAUCGUCCCGUUGCGCUCAUUGCAUCGGUGCCGCUGCGGCCCUCUGAUGCAUCUUCAAACACUGAGAGCAUACGAGCUGUGGCUCCGUUCUCUAUCGAUCCGAGUUGGAAAGCCAAGCGAGACAUGGCGCGACGAAAGGAGAUUGUGGUGGGUGCAGUUGCGUAUCUGGGACUGACCAGGGAAGGAAAUGGGCUGCUGCUCGCGUCGCUGCUAGGUAUCGUCGGAGCGUGGUUCAUUCUUCGAUCUUUGCUGGAGGUUUGA